CUCUUCCCAGCGCGUCAGGUCUUCUCUAGGCCAUGCCUGAGCCAGCCAAGUCCGCUCCCGCCCCGAAGAAGGGCUCGAAGAAGGCGGUGACCAAGGCGCAGAAGAAGGACGGCAAGAAGCGCAAGCGCAGCCGCAAGGAGAGCUACUCGGUGUACGUGUACAAGGUGCUGAAGCAGGUGCACCCCGACACCGGCAUCUCGUCCAAGGCCAUGGGCAUCAUGAACUCGUUCGUCAACGACAUCUUCGAGCGCAUCGCGGGCGAGGCGUCGCGCCUGGCGCAUUACAACAAGCGCUCGACCAUCACGUCCCGGGAGAUCCAGACGGCCGUGCGCCUGCUGCUGCCCGGGGAGCUGGCCAAGCACGCCGUGUCCGAGGGCACCAAGGCCGUCACCAAGUACACCAGCUCCAAGUAGACUCGCCAAGUAAGCGCCCUCUUACCCAACCCCAAAGGCUCUUUUUAGAGCCACUUAA